AUGGAUACUAGUAAUGGAGAAAUCGCAAAUGCAACUCCCGCCUUGCAUGAAGAGAAGAAAGGAGGACAGCAAAUUUCCCUGCCUCAGAGCAAGUACAGUGAGUUUAUCUCAACCUUACCCAUAAGAAAUGAUUGGAAGUUCAUGCCUCUUCACCAAUAUCAAGGGCAUUGGUACUUCACCGUUUACCUCGAGGCAAUAUUGGCUGCUCAAGAAAAAUUUGAAGCUCAAGCUGGUGACCUUAUCUUAUGUACUUAUCCUAAAACUGGUACAACUUGGCUUAAGGCUUUAGCUUUUGCUAUUACUACUCGCUCUCGUUAUAGCAUUUCUGAGAGUCCUUUGCUGACAUCCACACCACAUGAUUGUGUUCCUUUUAUGGAAGUUGAAAUCGGUACAAAAAAAAUGUAUCCUCGUGACCCAAAAAAUCCACUUAUAGCUACACAUAUUCCUUAUGAUUCCUUGCCAACUUCUGUAGGAACAUUGGGAUGUAAAAUAGUAUACUUCUGCAGGGAUCCUAAGGAUGUUUUGGUAUCAAUGUGGCACUUCUUGAGAGCAAGAUUACCUGAAGGAAUUGACAAAGAUGCAUAUUGCAACAUGGACGAUUCCUUCGAAGCAUUUUGCGAAGGAGUUGCUCUAAAUGGACCUUACUGGGAUCAUGUUGCUGGAUUUUGGAAGGCAAGUCAAAAAUAUCCUGAAAAGGUCUUAUUUUUAAAGUAUGAAGAUUUGAAGGAGGACACAGUUUCUAAUGUUAAGAAGCUAGCUGAUUUUCUUGGAUAUCCCUUUACUCCACAUGAAGAGAAUCAAGGAGUAGUGCAACAGAUCAUUGAUUUGUGUAGUUUUGAGAGUUUAAAGAAUUCAAAGGCGACUAAAGAUGGUGCUUAUGCUGAAAACUCAGCAUUUGUCAUGAAAAAUAGUCUGUUCUAUAGAAAAGGUAAAACCGGAGAUUGGAAGAAUUAUUAUACUGAAGAAAUGGGAGCUCAUUUGGAUCAAAUUGUUGAAGAGAAAUUGAGUGGUUCUGGCUUCUCUUUUCUAUCUCAGUAA